AUGGCUGCCGUGCAUGCGAACGUCCCAUGGUUGAACCCGAAACAUUUGCACCAACAGCAGACGGCCCUGUUGCUUCUAUUGCAGGUGACCUUGGCGAGACUGGAAGCUGCAGGGGUGCCUUGCUGGCUUACAGGCGGCACAUUGUUGGGUGCUCUGCGCCACGGCGGCUUCAUCCCACAUGAUGAUGAUGUGGACCUAGAGGCUUUAAGUGCUGACCUAGCAAAGAUGGAGGCCGCCUUCGAUCAUCCCAUGUUGCUCUUUCGCCGUGGCGGCCGCUGGAAAAUCACAGAUGUUGUCCAUGUGGGGCUCAGGGCUUCGGAGAAGGACAACUGCGAGGUGGAGUUGGACAUUUUCCUCCGUGAGGAGCCUUUGAUGCCCGAGAAGGACUUCCCGGGCGCUGAGGAGGUUUUCCCUUUGAGCUCGGUGGAAUUCCACGGCUUGAAGGCCCCAGUGCCAAGGGAGCCUGGAGACUUUUUGGCGCGCUUGUAUGGGCCAGACUGGCGCAGCACCACGCGGGUUUGGAGCCACGACUUCAACCCCUUCCACAGCUUGGCUCAUGAUCCGGACCGCAUAACCAUUUCCUUGGAGAGCUACAUGCAACAGGUUGCGGAUGCUGGAUAUGAGCUCCCCUGCCUCCUAGAUGAGGAUGUGACAGAGGCGUUGAGGAAGCUGAAAGAUGGUGAUGUUCUGAUAAUGUUGAAGAUGGAGCGGGAGGAGACGUGGCUUGAGAAAGUGCAGAGGCGGAAUCGUGAGCAUGCUGAAGCUCGCAGUCGCCUGAAGAUGAGUUGA